AUGACAACUAUGGCAAACGGUGCUGAAAGGACUUCCCUUGUGGAUGACAGAGGUGGGAGGGAAGGCUUGUGUAGAGAAUACAAAGUCGUUGAAUUCACAAAAGCUUCUUGUUCCUCUCUCACACACGACAUUGAUCUACUAAGGAAUAAUCCACACAAAGAGAACCGCAGUGAGAAAUCAGCAAACGUUGUGCCUGUUUCAAGGUAUCACUGCCAUAACCACUCGGAAGCCUAUGAGGAGAGAAAGGGAGAGGAGCGACAAGCCAAGAAGAAGCUUUACCUGGCAUCGGCAAUUUGCUGCAUCUUCAUGGUAGCGGAAGUCGUAGGUGGACACAUUGCAGGGAGUCUUGCUGUGAUGAUGGAUGCAUCCCAUGUAAUGGUGGACCUGAUGAGCUUUCUGAUCAGCAUCUUUUCUCUGUGGCUGUCAUCUAAACCCCCCAAUAAGAGAUUCACCUAUGGAUGGCACAGAGCAGAAAUCCUUGGCGCUUUCCUGUCAAUGAUCGUCAUCUGGGUGGUGACUGGCAUACUGACGUUUUUAGCCGUCAUGAGGCUGUUGCACCCACAUUAUGAAAUUGAAAGUACAGUCAUGGUCAUUACGUCUGCCUGCGCAGUAAUAGCCAACAUAAUAUUAAGCCUGACCCUGCACCCAAAGGGGAAGGAGCAUCUUCACCACGGCCACAGAGCCCAUCACCACAGACCUUCGGAUUCAGAGCAAGUGUUAACCAAUGCCAGUCUAAGAGCCGCUUUUAUCCACGCCAUCGGAGAUCUGUUUCAGAGCCUUAGCGUGCUAAUCAGUGCGCUUAUAAUCUUCUUUAAGCCAGAAUACAAAAUAGCCGACCCUAUCUGCACAUUUGUAUUUUCGGUACUUAUUCUGGCAACAACCUUCACUAUUUUACGGGACAUUUUACGUGUGCUGAUGGAAGGGUCCCCAGAGGUGCUUCCCUAUGAUGAGGUGAAAGAGAGAAUUCUAGCAAUAGAAAAAGUGGAUUCUGUUCACAGCCUUCAUCUUUGGUGUCUGACAAUGAACCAGAUACUCCUAUCAGCUCACAUCGUCACAGUGGAUGCUGCAGACAAACAACAGAUUUUGAAUAAAAUUACUGAAGUUCUAUUUGACACUCAUCAUUUCUACGCGGUCACACUUCAAAUUGAAGCCAAAGCAGACCAGAAACCAGGCUGCGUUUUCUGUCAAGACCCAAGAGACUGAAGUUAUUGGGUUGCCCUAAUAAUCAGUCAUUUGAUGGGCCUGUGGCUACUAAAUGAGAUGGAUUAAUAGGCUUUGCUUUGGCCCCAAAUCAAACUGCAUUGAAAACACAAUGGCCUAAGCAUUGUGAAGAUUGCAGAACGCACAAUUAGGGAUCAGUGAUUUAAUCCAUUUCCUCUCCUUACAACUUUUGUGUAUGUUCAUCCAUAAGUCCUUUCCAUUCUGUUUCCAUAUUAAUUUGCUUCUUUAUUUAAAAA